AUGGCGACUCACCGCCCUCGCACCCCGGCGCACCGCGCCAACAAGAACGACUCGCCUCGGAUCCCCAGCUCGGGUCAUGUCGCCAGUCAACUUGCCCCUCCGUGGCCCUUCAAUCGUCAAGAUACUGCUUUAAUCCGUGCUGGCUAUCGCCCUGCCUUUACUCCUGAGCAAGCACAGCCGCCCGAAGCCAACAACCGCGGUCUCGACCCUGUGCAGUCCUCCGCCAAGGAAGACCCCCAGAACAGCAAGAACAAGAAGACCGACAAGAAGAAUAAGAAAGGAGGUCCCACCAAAAUGGCUGAACCCAGAGCCCGCGCCGCCCGGCAUAAGGGCCAGAUGAACUUUUCAUCAGAACUCCGCCUCCUCCUCCUCGCCUACGGAGAUCCCAGCCCCCAUCCGUCCUUCCCCUCGGAACCGCUCCCCGAAACGGUCCGCGUCCUCGACGAGAUCGUCACCGACUUCAUCCUCGAAAUGUGCCACGGCGCCGCGCAGUACGCGAGCUACUCGCGCCGACAGAAGAUCAAGGUCGACGACUUCCGAUUUGCGCUGCGUCGCGACCCGAAUAAGCUGGGUCGUGUGCAGGAGCUGCUGCGCAUGGAGCGUGAGCUGAAGGAGGCGCGCAAGGCGUUCGACCAGAACGACGACCAGGUGGGGAAUCUCAAGGAUGCGGGUAAGAAAGGGCUGGAGGAGUUGGGGGAGAGUGCUGAUGGGAAGAAGAGUAAAGGGAAGGGGAAGAGAGGCGCCAGACGGGACUCGGAUGCUACGGAGGAUACGGCGCCGCCGAAGAAGAGGAAGGUUGCUGGUUGA